GGGCAGGAGGCGGGGCGAGCCUGGAGACGCGAGUGUCAACUCCCGGGCACAGCGCGAGGCUGUGUCCCGCCGGCCGGGGGCGCGGGAGCAAGGCCAAGCAGCAGCGUCAGGAAGUUGCUGCCGGUCGGUUCCUGGGCCCCGGGGAGCGGCUGGGGCGGAGCAGCCGCUGCUGUUGGAGCGGGGAGGGCCGGGCCGGGCCGGGCCGCGCCGCGCGGCGGCGCCCGAGCGGGAGGCUCCGUCCCCGGGCAGCGGUAGCCGCGAUAAAAGAUGCUUUGGUUUCAGAGUACAGCAAAGCAGCUAGCAAAAUAUUCUUCUAGGCCACUAUGGAAACGACUAUGUGCAGCCACUACAAAUAUACCAGUGUUAACUUUGUUCACCAAGAACCCGUGCCCUCUAUGUGAUGAAGCAAAAGAAGUGCUUGAGCCAUAUAAAAACAGGGUUAUUUUGCAGGAAGUGGAUAUCACCCUUCCAGAGAACUCAGUGUGGUAUGACAGAUAUAAGUAUGACAUACCUGUCUUUCAUUUAAAUGGGCAGUUCCUAAUGAAGCAUUGGGUAGAUGUUAAAAAAUUUGAGAACCAGCUUGUGAAGCUAGAGUUUCAAAAUGAUGAAAACCAAUGAAGGAAAUGCAGCCAUUCUGACACUGGAUUGAAGGGAUUUUGAACAAAUGGUUUGAAAUUGUUGCGUACAUUAUCAAACUGUAUUUUCUUUGGAAUGUAAUGUACAUAUUUAACAUUAAAAUUUUAGUUAUUUGAUUUAUAUUCCAUUUUGUAGUAAUGAUGAAGCCCAUCUGACUUCUUCAUCAACUCUUCAUCUGCUAUCCUAGAUGGUUUUGUUUUUCAAUGAGAGAAUAAGUGCUAUUCCACAGCAGCAGAUAAAAUGAAAUGCACUUUCAAAUCAUUAAUACACCCUGCACUGACAAUAAAGGAAUGUUUAAGUUA